AUCCUGGCGUGGAGCUGCUGCAGAACAACCCCUGCCUGAGCGGGUUCAUCGCCUCCGUGCUGGCCCUGCCAGAGCCCAGUCCAAGCAUCCUCUCCUUCACCCUGCGGCUAGCUGGGCUACUGGCCUCUUCCCAAAGCCGCUUCCAGCACCUGCAGGAGGAGCAGCUGCUGGGCAGGCUCUUCGGCGGGGCGGUGCCGCUGUGGGAGGACGCGUCGGUGCGGAGCGGCUGGACGAGCGGCGUGCGCAGCAUGAUGUGUCACCAGCCCGCCCUCCGCCUGCUCUGCCACGGCGGAGGCAUUGACGUGGUCUUCACUCUGCAAGAGGAUCCCAGCCUGUUUGUGGCUUCAGCUGCCAGGCAGCUCCUGGUGGAUAUGCUCACCCUCUCUGUAGAGACUGAGAUGACCCAACCUGUCAGUGCAAAGGACUGUGACUGGCCAGCAUGUGCCCAAAUGAUUAUAAAGCACAUAGAAGAUUCCCUUCGGUCCAGCUCUGCCUCUCACGUCGAGCAGUCAUUAAAACUAUUAACUAGUUUGUUUGACAGCUGCUGUGCUUCGUGGACUGAAGUACUUUGGUUAAGCCUAGCAAAGCAAAUAGAAUCCUUUUUGAUGGAAGAGAAUGUUCAAGCACAGCACAUGCUGGCAAAUCUUCUGUGUAGUAUGGCAUGGUCCCCUGUAAUUCGUGACUCUGAAGGCAAUUUUUGGACAUUAGUGACUUCUGCUCUGCAACACUUAGCCCCAGUACAAGUAGGUCGUUUGGCAGUGAGACUUCUCAAGAUCUACAAAUGCCCCCAAGAUGUGAGGAAUCAGGCCCUGACUGUUCUGCUUCAGCCAAUGGACUGUAUCAUGAGAGCAGCCUCCCAGCCUCUGGAAUACACAGGUUUGCUGGAUGAGUCUGUUGGUGACCCUGUCACUGUUGAAGGUCUUCUGUCCUCCAAGUCAUCUUGUGCUAGUCUUCUGUUUCAGACCCUUACGCAUCUGGAGGAGCUGCUGUCUUGGCAUCGUGUCCAAAUAGAUUUGCCCUGCACACCUUUGCUGCACUCUCUCCUGACAACCCUGCAGCUCUGCAGUGGGCUGCUGAGCCCAGCCUCUCCUCUGGGAAGCACCAUCAGCCGAAUCCUGGUCGACAGCUGCAGGGUGCAGACGGCAGCUCUUGGUGUCCUAGCGGCACUCUCGGACCGAAACGGCUGUGACACACUGAUAGGAAGUCUAUUUGAUGUCCUUCUGGCAUACCUGAGGAAUCCAAACACCAGCCCCACUGUUUUAAAGAAAACUUUUCAAGCUACAUCCAAGUGGUCAGUGCAUUUGCAGGAACUGUCUUGCUCCAAUGGUCAGCAGCAACAAACUCAGAAAAUUUUGGAAGAUAUCUUUCUGGUGCUGCAGAAGCAUUUGUGCAGUCCUUAUUGGGAAGUAAGAGAUUCUUCUCUGGAGUUCCUCACUGACCUGAUUGAACACUUGAGAGACUGGGAUGAGUUCAGGCAGUCCCUCCUGUCCUCAGAGGUGCCGAGGCUUACAGAAGAUCUGCUGGAGGAUCCAGAGAGCUACGUGCGAGCGAGUGCCGUGACUGCAGUGGGACACUUGGCCUUCAUUACUUACUUUGCCCCAGAGGCAUCUGUCAUGGGGAAUCAGUAUAAUAAAGAGAACACUGUAGCAAAGCUUCAAGAGAUCUUGUCAACGGACCCAGAGGGCUUUCCUAGGAGGGCUGUGAUCAGCAUCUUCAGCAAGUGGCUGAACCAGGGCUGUACUGGUCAGCUGGAGGAUACAGGGCAGUUUGUCUCUAGUGUGAUCCAGACUGUGGAGCAUGACUUAGACUGGGAAGUCAGACUUGGUGGUUUGAAACUGAUUGAAGCUUUCUGUCAUCAGGUGUUUCGCCAUCCUGGCCUUCCCAAGUGCCCAGCUGAUCCUGCCUCACCUGCAGUCACUAGUUCUGUCCACAGAAAAGAGUCACUGCAGAUACUGUGCCGAGCAAAACUGUUCAGCUUUGUGUUCUGGUCUCUGUGUGACUGCGACCAGCCGGUAGGUGAGAAAGCCUCUCAGAUACUGGUGACCUUACGUGGUGUUUUCUACCCAUGUGGUGUCCCAGAGGAUUUAGACAAGACUGUAGAUUUACCCACAGGACACAGCAUUGCCUGGUUAGAAAGGACACUAAGGCAGGGUUCUCUGGCCCAGAGCUUGCCCAAAGAUGGAGUGGAUUUUGAAGAUCCAGAGAGCAUGAUGCUAGCUUUGGGUACAAUAGACAUAAUAAAGCUAUAUGUUGAGCUAAACAGAUAUAGUGACCAUGUGGAGAGGAGCCCUCAGUCCCUCUUACAGGACAUCCUUGCUACUGUGGGGACCACAGAGGAUAAUGAAGCUGACUGUUACUGA